UCGAUCCAGCCGAUUAUUGAAACAAUUAAAUUGAUUUGUCAAACGGGACACCGCUCAAUAUCUCUCCCAUGUUUAGUGUGUGUUCUUUGCUUCGUGACACUUCCCUUGUUUUAUUCGGUCGCGAAAACAAGCAGGAAAAAAAUGGCGUCCAAAAUAUCAAGCCCAUAUGUUGACCUACAGCUAUUGCCGAAGCCCAGCCUUAGACGAGCUAUUUCCACGUGUCAAAUGGAUCCAAGCAUGGACGCUUCUGCUCGAGAGGCGCGUCUACAAAAACAACGGCGAGAAACGGAAGCCAUUCGGAAAUUGUGGAAGAGUUUGCGCGAUUCUAAAACGGGAACCCAUGAUACUACUACCCAGCAACAGUUAUAUAGAGAACUUUGCCAAUGUGGGGGUAUUAUUUGUGUCAACUGUAGAUCACCUGUGAAGUUGUCUGACAGCACUAGACAAGUUCAAUGUAAAACGGCGUUAGGAUUGCUCGGUCAUAACGAACUGGAUACAAGCAUGCGCCGUAAGUCAAAAUCAAGUCUCCCUAGAGAACACAGCAAAGGUGUGUCAUUAGAACACAUGCGCAGUAAUAUAAAAGCAAAAACAUGGAAUCCAGAUAUCAACGAAACAGAGGAUAUGAGACGAGCAGACGGUAGCCUGAAAACGCCCAAGAGUGUGACGUUGUUUUGUCUCCCUCGUGUGUACGAGGAGAGCCGGAAACUGCCGAGUUACCCGACACGUGACGUGGGCGAGUGGAACAAUGAGAUAAAGAAAGUUGUCCCAAAGCGGCCAGAGUUAUCCCAGCCUGUUUACGUCAUGACACGGCCAAUGAUAGUCCCAGCAGAACUAGAGAUUGUAAAACACCCGGCAGGAUUUUUUCAUCUUUCCUGCAGAUCUAGGAGGCCGAGGGAAUACGUCGUCAACACCGAGUGGCAUUCUGAGUCGCUCUCUGGGCUCCAUAGCGUUGGUCGUUAAAUUUUAUUGUCAACAUUUCUAGAGCCAGUGGCGUAGCUACCGUAAAGCUAGCGUACGCAAGGCAUAGGGGCCCAAA